AGAAACAAACCAAAUAUCUUACUGUCGAAUUCAUAUUUACUCCUACUACGGCCACAUAUUUAAUUAAUUUGUGUCCUGAAGGUAUUUGAGAAUCAUUUCAGAUAUAUCUUCGAGCCCUCAUUUAGCUUCAAGGAGCGUGUCACUUGGAUCAUUAUUAUGGUUCUCAGUAUCAGUAUCUGCGCGAUGAAUAUCAUCCAACUGGUCUCCAAGUGGACCUCCACGCCGUUCGUCAACGUCAUCGACUCGUUGCCAACACCAAUUUGGGCCGUUCCCUUCCCUAGUGUAGUACUGUGCCCACAUUUACACAUGAAAUCUUCGUAUGCUAACGUAACUAACUUGAAAAAUACUGAACGUUUCUUCGCUUCCUUAGUUUGUCCACAAAUGAAUCCGGAAUCAAAAUUCGAGUUAAACCGACCCUUGACAGUAGCAGAAAACAUUAAACUGCAAGACUUCAUCAUAAAGGCUUCUCCGACUUGCACGGAAAUCGUGAAAGUAUGUCACUGGCGGUCAGAAUAUGAGAUUGAAACAUUGAAAAUAGACUGUUGUGAAAAAUUGCUGAAACCUAUCUUCACGGACUAUGGUCUUUGUUACACAUUCAAUGGCCUGCCGUUAAAUGGAAUUUGA